AUGGACCUCUGGCUUUGGUCACUUUACUUCCUGCCAGUAUGUGGGGCUCUGAAGAUCCUCCCAGAAGUAAAGCUGGAUGGAGAACUGGGUGGAUCUAUUACCAUCGAGUGCCCGCUUCCUAAAAUAAACGUGAGGAUGUAUCUGUGCCGGGAGAUGGUGAAACCUGCAAUCUGUUCCACGGUGGUAUCCAAUAACUUCAUCAAGAAGGAAUAUGUCAGUCGAGUCACUUUGAAGCCGUGCUUACACAAGAAUUUGUUCCUAGUGGAGAUGACAGAACUGACCGAGAGUGAUAGUGGAGUUUAUGCCUGCGGAGUGGGCACGCACACAGAACGGGGCAAGACCCAGAAGGUCACCCUGAAUGUCCACAGUGAGUACAAUCCAUUCUGGGAGGAGGAGCUGAUAUCUGAGCCUCCAAAAUGGUUUCAUAAAUUUCUGGAGCAGCGGAUGCCCACUUGGCUCCAGAUGGUUGCACAUGCCAGUUCUUCUGAAUCCACAUCCAAAGUUACCACACCAACCCAAGGGACUGACGACCCUCCAGAGCCCCACCCUUCCCCCACCACACCAAUAAUUCAUCAUCCUCGAGAAUCCAGAGCAUUCUCAGUAGCAGCUGCCAAGCCCUCAACCGUUCUGCCAUCCACCACAACAUCAAAGACUUCAACUCAGGAGGGGCUGCUCAGGCCCCCAGGGGCCAGCUACAAGCAGCACACUAGGUUGCAUGGGCAGAGAGAAUUCAACCGUGGUUCAGAGUUUGGAAGGGAGGAUCAAGGAUUUCACAUCCUGAUCCCAACUGUCCUGGGUCUUCUCCUGCUGGCCCUUCUGGGGCUGGUGGUAAAAAGAGCGAUUCAAAGGAAGAGAGCCUUCUCCAGGCGGGUCCGCCGAAUGGCKUUGAGGAUGCGCGCCCUGGAGGCCUCCCAGCGGCCCCGGGAGCAGCGGCCCAGAUUGCAGCGGCCGCGCUCCCAGAACAUCUACAGCGCCUGCCCYCGGCGCGCUCCAGAGUCUAACGCUGCCGGCCAGAGGCAGGUCCCUCCUGCGGAUCCAGGAACAUCUGCGCCCUCAGCCCCGCCACAGGUGCUCGAAGCUCCCUGGCUCCAUGCCCCAUCUCUGAAGACCAGCUGUGAAUAUAUGAGCAUCUGCCACCAGCCUGCUGUCAAGAGGGAGGACACUGAGUCAAAUGAUUACAUCAAUAUUCCCAGCCUGACUCACCCUCCUAGCUGUACCCCUGCAGCCACACCUUGAUGACAAUAAGUCUUGUCUGU